AUGGCAGCCAUUGUUUUUGGCCAAGCAGCUGGCAGUGACCUUAAACUGGCACUAGUCCCCUCAUACAAGCAUGUGCUCUAUAUAGCAGCCCACAGAAUUACAAGCAGAUGCCCCAGGUUAGCCAUGAUGAAAGCCCAUGGCUUGUGGGAAGUACAGGGGGCUAAUGAAUCCAUGAACCUUCCACAGAAGCUUCCAUAUAAAAGGGGUGUCAUCCAGCGUGUAGUUUCCUACCUGGGCACUUUCCUCAGAGAUCUGGUGGUGCUGGACACCACCAUGAAGGACUACCUGUGUGGGAGUGAGCCCGGAGGCUGGGGUGCGGUGGGGCCGGGUCCUGAAGCCUGUGUGGAGAGUGCCCUCUCACCCACCCCUGAGCCUCAGGCCAACCUGAGAGCCCCCAGCCUCACCUGUGUGCCAGGGGCACCCACCCAACUCAUCAGGGAGGAAAUAGUUUGGCUCUGGCUGGUGGCACUUGGAGCUGCAGGAGGGCUUGGCCCCACUGGACACAGCUCACCCUCAGGCAGUGGCCAUGGAUGGAGAGGCCCGGCCCUCCAAGGUCAGGCAGGUGGUGGCCAAGCUGGGCCUUCCUGCCCGAGGGCUCUGGCUGAGGCCCACUGCCCCUGGCACCUCGGACCCACUGAGGAGCAGGGGAGACUGAUCAACUUCUAGAAGAGGAGGAAGGAAAUCGAAGUGAUUGCGCAGAUCAGGCUGCUCCAGUCGGCCUGCAACAAUUACAGCAUUGCACCUGAGGAGCACUUCCCGGGCUGCAGCUGCUCAGCGAGACUGAGGUUAGGCCAGGCAGGAGCUGAUAGCUACAACCUGUCCUGUGAGCUGGAGUCUCCCUGCGAGUCAUCCAGCAAUACCCUCAAGUCCAAGAAGAACAUGGCCAUCGUCAAGCGCUGGAGCAACCACUAGGCCCCCAGCACGGAGCUCAGUACUGGUGGCAGCUCCCACUCCAAGUCCAGCGACCAGCUCAUCAGCACCUACCUGGGCAGCAGGGAUGUUGCUGAUGCACUCAGCGUCCACUCGGCUGGCUACUCUAGCUCAGACGUGGAAAAGAACAAAUUGAGCCUUGUCCCUGAGUCCCCUGAUGGCCAGGAAAAGAAGGUGUCAUCCGCAGAGACUUCCAGCAUCAGCUUGGCCUCCAGCGGCUCCUCCUUGUCCUCAGCCUGCGGCCUGCCUGUGACGGCUGCACACAUCUACCAGCGCUCCGCCUCAGGGAUCUGCAACCACAGUUCUCUGCAGACCCUCUACAACCAGCAGGUGGGUGACUGCUGCAUCAUCCGCAUCAGGCUGGAUGUGGACAAUGGGAACACGUACAAGAGCAUCCUGGUGAGGAGCUACUCCAGGACCCUUGCCCUGAUGGCCUGUCCCCUGCCAGCCAUAAUCCGCAAGGCCAUGGACAAAUACAGCCUGGAUGAGGAUGCGCCAGGAGACUAUGAACUGGUGCAGGUUUCUGAUGAUCACAAGCUGAAGAUCCCUAAGAACACCAAUGUGUUCUAUGGCAUGAACUCUACUGCCAACUAUGAUUUUGUCCUGAAGAAACAGACCUUCAGCACAGGGAGAAAAGUCAGGCGUGGAGCCAGCAUAACCCUCCUUCACAUAAAGUAG